UCUUCGAAAUAGACAUUCCUAUGUAUUACCUGUGGAGAGCAGCAAAAGGCUUCGAUGAGUGUAACCAGCCUCAGAUUUCAGUAGAGGAAGAACGCGGAGACGUCACAUGGAGAGAUGCAACCAGCAGUAGCUGCUCCACCACUAAUCACACAACAUUAACAUAACGAGCUAGUGCGAGCUAACACAGCCUGCUACGCGAAUUCGCAUUCCGUUUACCGUACGUCCGGAAUUUCAAAAUCCGCAAGAAACAAACGCGAGAUUCAUAUACGGUGCACAACGGGAAACAACAUUACGGCCACACACAGUUUUCGUGGCUUCUCCUCGCAUCAACUGGCAGGCUAUUUUUGGCUAGCUAGCGAAGCCCAACGAUAGCGAACUCUGCCUUGGCUAGCGUCAGGCUAGCCAGCUAGCUAGCUAGCUACUAACGUCGUUAACGGUGGUUAGCUAGCUAGCGAGCUGUGGUGACUUGCGUCAUGGAUGAACUAGUCGUGGAAGUGAGGGGAACAAGUGGGGCCUUUUAUAAGGCCUUUGUGAAGGAUGUUCACGAAGGAUCGGUCACCGUGGCAUUUGAAAACAAUUGGCAGCCGGAGCGUCAAAUCACAUUCCAGGAUGUGCGUUUCCCUCCUCCGACGGGCUGCUGCAAGGAGAUCAACGAGAGCGACGAGGUCGAGGUGUAUUCCAGGGCUAAUGACAAGGAGCCGUGUGGAUGGUGGCUGGCCAAGGUUCGCAUGGUGAAAGGAGAGUUUUACGUAAUAGAGUACGCCGCGUGUGACGCUACGCUAAAUGAGAUUGUGACGCUGGAGCGGUUACGGCCGGUCAACCCCAAUAAACCAGCCACCAAAACCACCUUCAUCAAGAUCAGACUGGAGGUACCCGAGGACCUACGGCAGUUGUGCUCCAAGGAAUCGGCACACAAAGACUUUAAAAAGGCCGUGGGGGGGUUCAACGUCACCUACGACUCUGAGAAGAAGCAGCUGGUCAUCUUGUCUAUGAAUGAGGUCACAACCAAGCGGGCCAACAUGAUGAGUGACAUGCACUUCAGGAGCCUCCGCACCAAGCUGACGCUCAUGCAGAGGAACGAGGAGGCCAACAGACAACUGGAGAGUUCCAGACAGCUGGCGUCGCGGUUUCAUGAACAGUUUGCUGUUCGGGACGAUCUAAUGGGUCUGGCCAUCGGGACCCACGGGGCCAACAUUCAGCAAGCCCGUAAAGUCCCCGGAGUCACCAACAUAGACCUGGACGAGGAGACGUGCACCUUUCACAUAUACGGAGAGGACCAGGAUGCUGUGCGCGUAGCGAGGAGUUUCCUGGAGUUCUCUGAAGACGUCAUCAAAGUUCCCCGGAACUUAGUAGGGAAGGUGAUCGGCAAAAACGGCAAACUGAUCCAGGAGGUGGUCGAUAAGUCUGGGGUGGUCCGGGUUCGCAUUGAGCCGGAGAACGACAAAAAGCCCUCGGUGGCAGCAGCGGCAGCAUUAGACGAGGGAAUGGUGCCGUUUGUAUUUGUGGGGACCAAGGAAAGCAUCACCAACGCUACAGUGCUGCUGGACUAUCACCUCAACUACCUUAAGGAGGUGGACCAGCUUCGCCUGGAGCGUCUUCAGAUCGACGAGCAGCUGAGACAGAUCGGAGGGGGAGGCGGAGGAGGAGGGACGGGGCCGCGAAACCUCAAAGACAAAACCUACGUGUUCGACAACGGCAUGGGGCUGGGGAUGGGGCUGGGCAUGGGGAUGGGGAGAGGGGGAGCAGGUGGAGGAGGGAAGCCCUACGGAGGAAGGGGAGCAAGAGGCGGCAGAGGGCAAAGAGGAGGAGGUACAGCUUUCGCCUCAGGCACCAACUCGGAGGCGUCCAACGCCUCGGAGACGGAGUCUGACCACAAAGACGAGCUCAGCGAUUGGUCGCUGGCCCCCGCCGAGGAGCUGCUGACGGGAGGCGGGACCCUGCCCAGGCGGUCAGACGGGAGGAGGAGACCAGGCGGGGGAGGGCCGCGGGGACGAGGGGGGAGAGGAAGAGGAGGGGGAGGGUAUAAAGCUGACGACAUGCAGUGGAGCGAGCCAAGGCCCCGUCAUGUCAGAGACCCCAAGGCGAGAGCGCAGGAAGAGACUCUACAGAUCCGUGUGGACAGUAACAACGAGCGCAGCGUGCAGCACUCCUUGGGGGGGAGAGGUGGGGGAGGGCCACCCUCAUCCCAGGGUGGCGUCAUCACCGGCGUCGGCGGCGAUGGCCCACCUCGCCACCACCAUCAGAGACCCAUCAGAGACCGAGGGAUGAAGAAGGACAAACAGGACGUUCCUCCGCUGGUGAACGGAGUGUCGUAGACGCUCCACUGGAGGACCUUCUCGUUUAGACACACACACACACACACACACAGGCAACUCGUCAUAAACCAUCGUAGAUUCUCUCUCGCUUUUUUUCUUUCUCUGUCUUUGUCAAACACGUGAAUACACACAUCUCAUCAGCACGGAGGAGUUUACCGUAGUGAAGUCGUAGACCAGAGGCGAUCCGGUAUCUGCUGGUCCGCUCAGUUGACGUCUUGAGUGUACAGGUCCUGUUCUUCGCGAAAGGGACAAAAAAAACCAAAAAAAAAACCAGUACUUUUUGGACAAAAGGAAAAGAAGAAGAAGAGGAGGGAUUUGACUUAUCUCGCACGGAGGCACUCCCCCAAAACAUGCUCCCCUACCCUCCGCAGGCAAAUCAUAACUUGCUUGUUUUCUAUUUUCAAAUCAACUAAAUCGGAUGAUUUUUAUUUUUUUUUGCCACUGCCCUGUUUGGACCUCCUCACACAAGAAAAAAGAAAAUAAUUGGUUGACAAGGAAACAGAAUUACAGCAGCAUGAAAACGUGCGGGAGGAACUUCCCUCCUGCUGUACGACGUUUUUUUACUGCAGAUGUUAAUUGUAGAGAUGAUCUGACGGCACACGCUUUUAGUGGCGUCGGUGUUUCCCACGGGUGGAGAAUUUAUUUUUAGUGGUCCAUAGCUCCGAAAUCCAGCACUCGAGGAGUUCAAAGUGUCCAUGUUUUAGGAUGAAUUGUUAACAGGUGUGCACGGGCAACGGAAUUACCAACCGGUGCUUUUCUCAUCGUUUUAAGUCAUAUGUGUUUUAGUUUUUUACGUCGUUAAGAAAAUGUAGAAAUCCUCCAGACCAAGCAUGAAUCCCACCACGCAUUAGACGUACCAACGGGGGAAACAUAAAUCUGAGGCACUGUGAUGCAAAUCUAGUGUUUCAAAGGCUUUUACAGAAGCAAAGAUAGUAACUCCUGAAGAGUUCUCAACAGGGUACCAAACGUCUUGCACUGCUGUUAUAUUUAAAAUUAAUUACCUGUGACAGAGACACCUGGCGAGGCCAACAGUGACAGGGAAUCCACAUUAAUAGCGAGACGUGAGCUGAAGCGUUCAGUUCGGCAACCUCCGUGCUCGGAACCGUCUUCACCGGGCUGACUGAUAUCUGAGAUUCUUUGUACAAAAAAAAAAAAAAAUGUAAAGGUUUUUAAGCAGGCUGCAUGAAGAUCAUCAACACUUGUUUUUUAAUUCCCCGCACAAGAUCUUAUGUCCACAGUGACACCAGAACGCUCACAGUAAAACUGGGAGCCUUGAUCAAUCAUCACAAACGCUGUUCAAAAGUUCAGAACGUAGGAAAUGACAGACGAUUUGUGUGAUUCACAAAGGCCCUCUGGACCUCAACUGUGGGACAUUUCCCACAGAGGGCUUAGGCUGUAAGCUUUUGUCUAGUUCCACGCACUUACAUUUAACUAAGCACUCUUGGAUGGACGCUUUCAGACAAACCUGAUCAGGUUGCAGGGUUCAGGCGGCAACAUGGUGAAUGUAGAACUCGUGUCAGCUGAUCACAUGAGCUUUUCUUUAAUUUAUGAAAACCUUUGUAUUUAACCUUUUUUGUUUGUUUUGCAGUUAGAAAACCUGUUUGAAGUAUUACUGUAGAAGAAACAACGUUUCAUUGAGUUAUACCUUGACAAAAUAAACAAACAGAAAAAUUGGUGUAAGUUCAAUUCUUCCUGGUUUUCCAACUUAUUCUUGGCUCGCCCCUCUUAGUCUAAUUUCAUUUUUGUUAUUUCCCGUCGGCUGCAUUUUGUUAACGGUAGGGCAGAGGAAUCCUAACUUUGAUACAAUAAAUCGGAAUCUUCAUUAAACCACAAUACCGGGUCUUGUUCCGCAACCAUAAAACACGCAAUGCAUUUUUAAUAUACAUGAUUUGAAUUGUGCAUUUCCUCUGCUUCUUGCUUCGACUCAGAGCAGUUUCACUAAACCUAACUGUGACAAACCUAGUCAGAGUAUAAAGUCGGGUUUGAUGAAGAAUGAUUUGGUCCAGUUUUCUGAGGCUUAUUUGUAAAAUCCCCUCAAAGUGUUCACCACGGUCUCGGUGCUGCCUCUCUGGUCCAUAACGAGGCUCCUUUUUAUCUCAGUGCCUUGGAUUUAUGCUCCUCCAUUCCAAGAUUUGUACACUGUCUGUUCUUACCCCUACCUCCUGUUUUUUACAUGUUUCUUGCAUGUGUGAUUCUCUCACCCUAAUUGCGUUUUCAAAAAAAUAUAUAUAUAUUUUGGGGAUACACAAUGGCGUAAGGUGACCUCUGCUGUUUCUGGCCGUUCAUUCUGUUCCCACAGCAGUUCGUUGCUCCAAACUUGUCUGCUUCGUUCUAGAGACUGAUACAAAGAGACGGUCACGUUAUCAAAUAGCUGAAAGUGACUUUGUUUAAACAGCGCAGGUGUUCAGACAUCAAAGUAACAGGUGUUCCAACCUACUGUUCGGCCGAGACCACAGAGUUACUGACUUCAUAAAUCUUAUGCAUGGGAAUAUCCUUAGUGGGAUCAUCAUCAUCAUUAUCAUCACCAUCAAAAUAAUGUCUGAAAUUGUACCCGAAAUUCAAAUACACAAUUUCGUGUAGAAAGUAUUGGUGGAUUUAUGAUUGAAAGGAGGUUGAUAAUAGCAUUAGUUUGGAUAAAAGAAAAAGUGUGGUUGAAAUGUGAGAAAGUCACUGUAAAAUUUAAAAAAAGCAAAGCAAAAAAGUUUCUCGGGGUUUCCCUGGGCAUUCCUAGGCUUUUUCGACAUUUUAUUAAAAUACGGUUUGACAUCGCAAAAAGGUAAAAUCUCAUAUUGUUGUUGUAGCUCAGGAUUAGUCUAAGCUUCCCUCUCUCUGGUGCUCUAACAGAUUUAUUUUUAAAUUGUUUUGGGAAAUGUGCUUAUUGGCAUUAUUGCUAAAACUUAGAUGAGAAAAUUGUUACAACUCCCACGUCUGAACAGUAAUACGAAGCAUGAGCCAGAAGGCGAUUAGCUUAGCUUAGCUUUGCUAAAGAUGGUAAACAGGGAAACAGCUAGCCUGGUUCUGUCCAAACUCCACAUACAAGCACUUCUAAAGCUCACUAAUUAACAUAUCUUCCUAAUUAACACAUUGUCUCUGUUCGAUCUCUACAAAAACUGAAAUUCUAUAGCGUACGAACUAUGUAAUUCUUGGCCAGGCACAGUGAUUUUAUGGCUAGCUGUUUACUCUUUGCUUCCAGUCUUUAUGCUAAGCUAAGCUAGCUGACUGCUGGCUCCACCAUCGUACUUUACGGAUUGAAAAAAACUGUUGAUUCAUAGCUAAAAAGCUGCAGAUGCUCAGAGAAACCUCGCCAUAUUUUGUGUGACAUGUGCCUUUUAAUAGUGGCUAGUAUCACAACCUAGACAUGUAAAUCAGGGAUGAUGAGACGGCGAUAAAGGACCAGAUGCCUAAAGAUGGCUACUUCCUGCCGUGACAUCAUUGAUUCACCCAUUGGUCAUCGAGUGUUUCUAAACUUCCUUUAAACUCAAAGGGUGGGUCCAGGAAACCGCCUGCUUUAACCACCUGAUACAGUUUAAUCACUGAGGCUGUUUCCUUGUACAGUCAACAAACAUAAACCCCGUCGCUCAUGACCUGGUUCAAUUGAUCUGUGACACGGAUGCAGUUGCUUUUGUAGGCCAGUGCAGUUCAUGACUUUGAGUGGCUACUUUGCUUCUGUUCCAAAGUCAAACACGACUUUUUCUCCAUACAAACCCCCUUUUUUAUGUUAGCUUGGGAUGCAAAAUGGUGUGACCCAGUGUAGCUUUCUUCCCUAUAGCUCCCUCUCCUUUGAAAGCAACUGAUGGAAUGAAAGUAACUGAAAAGAUUUCAGAGGUUGAGCCUGGUCUUAUCUUUAACCAGAGACGAGUGUACCUUUCUAGUGUUGCGAUGCAUGUACAUCUUUAUAAUGGAUUUUGGGGACUUUCAGUAGUUUUCGACACGCUUAAAUUAAAAUACAUACCUUUAUUUCUUUUCAAUCUUUGUCAGAUUUCUCCUUGACUUGAGUUCAGCUAGGUUAGCCGGCGAUGAGUUCUGACACACAGGGAGCUUUUACCUUUUAGAAGAUGUCAAAAGAAAAAUGGUUAUGUAAAAUGAUGAGUCAUGAAACCGGCUUUUUUUGUUUUUGGGGUUCGUCUUUCUUUUUCUCAAGUAUUAUUGAUGUCAAUCCUCUCUCUCACUAAUCUGUUAGGACCUUUUGCUCUCACUUGCCGCUCCCACUGCAGCCAAGUUGUGUUUUUUAAUCCCAGUGAUCAUUCUCUGCAGUGCGUCGACAAACGGCUCAAGUGAAAGUAACAUCUAUAUUGUCAAUAGAGCAUCAAUAGUAUGGAGUUACUUUGUAUUGUAAAAAAAAAAAAAGGAGUGUAUAUAAUGAUGUCUGAGAAAAGAUUUGUACUAUUGUUUUAAAUGUGCACUUGCUAAUAUUUUCUUUUUUUUGCUGUUUAAUACUGCGUUAAAUUACUGAAAGAGAGCGGUUGAGUUAAGUGAUUAUUUGACAGAGAAAAUCCACUCUAAAACUGAAUUCCUUGAUAAAAACACACUGGAACUUUGAAUGACAUGGUGACCAUAUUUACAGUGGCAGUUUGGGUUAGUUUUCCUUGUUACUACCAGUUAGCACAACAGAUCCAACAUGUGUAUUUAAGUUUCCUCUGGAACAGUUUCCAUAAAAACUACACUCAAAGUCCACUUACUGGCUUUUUCUGAGGGCUUUCAACCACAGCUCAUGGCCUUCCUCUCGGGAGAUGAAGAUUGCUCAGUUGUUGUUCCACUUGACCAAGUUUCCAUUCUUGGGCCAUUUUGAAGAGGAUUAUGAGCUGCAGCUAAAAGCUCAGGAAAAAAAAUAAGCAAGUGGACUUUGAGUCAACAUAUUUUGAAUGGAGUGUUGAUCAAAAUCCUGAAAUUACUUAGGUUAGUACUUAAGUUUAAAGGAAUAGAUGAGACAUCUUGGGAAAUAGCUAGCCUGGUUCUCUUAGUUUCUAAAAUACUGCUACUAACUCAUGAACACGCCAUAUUUAUUGUGUUUAUUUACAACACAAACAGAAAUUUAAAAAGUUGUGGUAGUUUUCAGCACGAAAGUCUUCCGUAGAACCGCAACUUGUUGUUUUUACAUUUCCGAUUGUGUGCACAUUCGACAAAUGAGACACAACUUGUUUUUAGGAAGUUGUAAUGUUGUCAUCCAGCUCUGUGUUUUCCACAGUGUAACAAUUCUUUCAAUGUUGUAAAGAAAGCACAUAUUGGUCUGCUUCUAUGUACCACACUGUAGCUUGAGGAAAGCUUUGCCUGCUACAAUAACUGAAGUAACCUAUGUGAAUAAUGUCUUAUGGUGGAUUUUCCCUUUCAUUUUAAAGUGAUGAAAGAGUCAUUGGUCGUCCCCUGGACUUGUCAUCUAUCAUGUAUAGAGACCCAGCUUUUUUUGGGGUAAUGACAGGUGUUUGAUUUAGAUUAACAUUUUAUAAUCCUUUUCCUUUUUGGCUGGUGUAAAGCAGUUCAGUUGCCCUUGAACUGACAAAAAAAGAACCACAUGCAAGUCAGAUGCGUUUUGAGGGUGUUCCAGACCUUCGGGACUUACAGACGUUACUGAGUCUACAGAGGUCCAACCUUCACAUCCGCUCUGUUGCGUCACGCCAGAGACAAUGAAUUUCUUUGCAUCUGUGGCUGAGCCUCAACCUGCUUGUUGGUGUAUUUUAUUGUGCCUCCAAACACCGGGUUGAGAGUGUAUGUUAGACGUUUUAACUGCUGGAAUUCAACCAACAAAAACAGUUUAAUAGCUUUUCGUGCUUUGGUUUGAUUUUUAGGGGGGGGGGGUUCUGAACCAACCGUAAUGCUGGGCCUAGGCUUGUACUAUAGUGGAAAAUGUAAAUUUAAAAAAGAUGAGGGAGGACUGUUGCAUGCUGACCAGUUGGGGUCAUUAAAGAAUUGGUGCUAAUGAAGCAUUUUUACAAAGGAGACUUUACUUAAGAGUCUCCUAUAAGUGACUGGUUGUUACAUCAUUAUCCAAUCCUGUUGUUCUCAAGUAACCUGCCAUAGAAACAACUAACUUGAGAUGAGUCGAGAUCAUGGCAGAAAAGUUAAUGUGGCGUCUUGGUCCCGUAUCUAGCCUUCUGAAAACAUUACAAAAGUGGUCACAUGGAACAUAAACCAUUUGGGAUCCCAAACCAAAGUUUUAAGACGAGGAACAGCAUGCGCUAAUUUAAUUCCCAGGAUCAAGCUGUGCACAUUGUUGAUUCAUCCUGGCAACGUAAGGGGUCGCAUGGGAUGCCUAAUAGCACUUUGAAGAACGCUGCUGAGGACAUUUUUCGCAGAUGUGCUGUUGUUAAGGUGCUUCUUAGUUGCACUUUCUUUUGUUUGUUUUUUCGGCAUGACACUGUCCUCAAUGCAGUCCUCUGUCUCCAGUACAUUAGAACAGUACUAUGUUUAAUUUGAUACUAGUAGAAUGGCACUACCAAACCUAUAUAAUACUUAGAGAUGGAUUUUGAAAGAGUAAUGCUUCUUUAAAAUAACAUAUCGCUGUUAAUUCACGUGAAACUUUUCAUUAUAGAAAUGAUGACCGGUACUUUACAUUCUGUGAGAGAAAAUACAUUUUGGCAGCUGUUCACGCAAUGAAAGGUUUCAUUUCAGUCGACAAUGUCAUUAGUUGUUGGGUUGUUCACCGCUUUUCUCUCGAAAUGUUGAUGGUGUUUUCCAGCAAAAUGCGGGGUACUCGCUUUUAUUGAUAUUCAACUGUUGUAAAUGUGUGCUGUUCUAAUGUUCUGGUGUACAGAGUGUAUUUUUAAUUUUAUUUUUACCCAUGAUCCAAUGGGUUGCAGAAGGGGAAUGCUUGUGAUUUAAUCUCCAUUCCUACUCUUUAAGCUGCAACACUGCUUUCUGGGUUGUCUUGCUAAUGCGGUCCGCUGCCUGAAUUAUAGACCCAAACUCCUCAACAAACCUUGAUUUUGACUCGAUAUCCACACUGUAUACAUCAAACAUGUAGCGAUAAUGCAUUGUGGAGUCCCAAUUCAGUUCCAAUAACGUUAAAUCCUUCUAACUGUAAAAGAGUCCCAAAUGACCAUUUGGCAUCCCUCCGUCACGAAACCUUUAGUCCAGUUGGGGUUGCAACUCUGUUCAUGUGGAACCACAUAUGAAGAUAACUGGCGUUGCUUCGACGUCCACGUUAUAUAUUUGCAGAAUAUUUAUAACCAAUGUAAACUAGUCACAUUGUGGGCUGUUCAACAUUAGAGUGCCAGAAAGUGAAGACACGCAAAUAAUCUGUAGAUACUUCAACCAGGGUAGUCAAAAAAAAAGCUGUAAACCUUGUGUGCACUUUUGGGCAUUCUUUUGGGUUUCCUUUUGUACAUAAUACUUGCAUUUAAAAUGUUUGGGUUGACAUGUCUGGUUAUAGUGCAAUAUAUUUUGUAUGCAAGCCGUUUCAAUAAAUAAAGGUCGAUCUUCCUCCGUUA